AACCAACACCGUGAUCGUGAAAUUCGUGCUCCAACAUUUCCGCGUGCUAAUCUCUACGAACUGAAACGUUGGAUUACCGAAACUCCAUUUCGCCUAGUGCUCGAAAUUGCUCAAGUUCUUCUGUUUCUCAUCUUUCGCGCUUAGGUAAAACGCGAACGUAAUUACUGUCAAAGUCGAAGAUAGAGCGCGUCCACGGUACCCUCUUGUUUCUCUUCGUCUUUCUUGGUCCAGCACGUGCGUUCACCCUUGUUCCGCCCAAGAAUAUCUCCGGUGGAAGACACCGGUGCGGAGUGUUCUUUUGCCUUGUAAUCGGCAUCGAGCUGGCGGACGUAGCGCGAAAGCGAAACCGCCGUUGCUUCGAAACGGUUGUCAACUAUAUUUAAAGCGAGCCCGCGGUAUAGGGAACCGAGUCGCCCGAAACGUUGAAACUGAAGACCGCGAUCUCUACGUUUUAUUUCACCGUUACCGAUUUAGAGCGAGUGUGUCGAACGAGUGCAGUGUCACGGAGCUGGCUGCCAGCUCUCCGCGAGGAUUUCGAGUGCAGUUAUUACACUGAAUAUGUGAGAGACCAUAAAAAUGUAAUAACGCGAAGGCAGAGAGGGCGGGAAUGAAGAAAAGACAACAGUCGAAGAGGAAAAUGUGAGCCACGCGCGCACGUGGUGCCACACAGCUGACAUCGAACGAUUUUGGCACACCUCUAGAGAAAUCUGGUCCGCCUUUUCUCGACAACUCUCGGAACAGUUUCGCCCGUGAACGAUAACUAAGGAACGACGCGAAGCUUCCCCUCCUUGUAUCCGGUGCAAGAACGGAAGAAGCAGAAACGUAGAAAAAUUAUUUUUAUCUCGCACGACGACUGGUUGCGUGGUGUAUCGGUGAGAAAUUCAUUGCCACGCUUCCUGGGCGUCGAAACGUUCGAACAAAUGUCGAGGAUGCUGCGACUGGAACUGGUGGGUCUCGUGUUGCUGGCCUGCACCCAAAUCCUUACAGAACACCGCGACUUUUACGAGCCGAGACCGCAGUAUGGUUAUCAUUCGAGGUUUCUCGAUCCUCCGGAACGAGCCACCAGAGAAGUUCGGGUGAAACAGGGACGCCUGCGUGGCAUCGUCGUGCAACCGAGGACCAGCCACGAUUUGCAAUCGGUGGACCUUUUCUUGGGAGUGCCGUACGCGGAACCUCCAGUUGGCUCCCUAAGGUUCUCUCCUCCAAGAUCACCUGAACCAUGGCGCGGUGUGAGACAAUCACAGGAAUUCGCUCCCGUCUGCCCGCAAACGGUGCCAAACUUACGAGACGAGGUGAGACCAGUCAGGUACGAAUACCUGGAGAAGCUGUUACCGUACUUGAAGAACCAGAGCGAGGAUUGCCUCUACCUGAACAUCUACGCGCCUCACCAGCCCGAAGGUCAGAAAACUCUGCGAAAAUACCCCGUGAUGGUAUUUAUUCAUGGGGAGAGCUUUGAAUGGAACAGCGGCAACCCCUAUGACGGUACUAUAUUGGUAGCUUACGGUAACGUGGUCUUCGUCACUAUCAACUUCCGCUUGGGUAUCCUCGGUUUCUUAAGGCCAGGCACCAGAGACGACGCCGCCAGCAAUUUCGGACUUCUCGAUCAAAUAGCUGCACUUCUUUGGCUCCGAGAGAACAUCGCCGAGUUUGGGGGAGAUCCGAACAGUAUUACAUUGGUCGGACACGGCACCGGUGCCAUUUUUGCCAACCUGCUGCUUAUCAGCCCCGUGGCUAAUAAGAAAGGUCUCUUUAAGCGGGCUAUACUAAUGUCUGGAUCUGCGCUCAGCGCUGAUGCUAUUGGAAAGGCACCUCUACAAAUUACGAAACAGGUGGCUCACGCUCUAAACUGUCCCACCACGACCGACAGCGAUCUGGCGCUUUGUUUGCGUGCACAGGAUGUGAACACACUACUGAACGUGAAGAUCCACAAGCCGAACUAUGUGCCAGCGUUCGCGCCGUUGAUCGAUAACGCGGUCAUUCCGGACAAGCCUCUGAAUUUAAUGAAAAAUCCUCAGCUGUUUGGCAGAUUCGAUUUGAUGUACGGGGUCACGGAAUCGGAGAAGUUUCACGUUCUACCCCCGGUGGCUUUGUUGCACGGUAUGCUGGACGGACAGAGGGAUGAAGUUCUGAGGGAACACGCCAAGGCAACGCACGAGUUGGAAGCCGAAUUAAUUCUGUCAAAGAUUCUGGAACAAUACGGCGAUUUCUCGGCCGGCUUUACGAACGAGUACGCUUUGAAGAAUCGGGAUCUCGUCCUGGAGGCGAUCUCCGAUAGCGGCACCGUGGCACCAUUAAUAAUGACCGCGAAUUUACAUUCACGGGCGAACCCGAAGAGUUACAUGUACGUUUUCUCGCAUCCGAAGGCGAUGCAGGACUACUCCGGCCAACAACGCCAGCGCACGGUUCACGGCGAGGAGCUGCCCUAUGUGCUGGGGGUGCCUCUUGACGGGAGUAAAUACGACUUGCGUCGCAGAUACAACAUCGGCGAAACUCUCUUCUCCGAGGCUAUGAUGAACUGGUGGUGCAGUUUCGCUUACGUGGGGAACCCAAACAUCGCGAAACGGUACCCUUACCUGACGGACGGGUUGAAGGAAUGGAGUCAGUACGAGAUCGAAUGGCCCGAAUACGACCCGCACAAUCAGACCUAUUUAAAUCUUACCAUACCACCGAAAACAGGUUCGCACUACCGUUUGGAAGAGAUGCAAUUCUGGAACGAGCACCUGCCGAACAUGCUUCGUCAUCCGAGCAAAGACAUUCUGCUGCCGAUUCGACCGAAAGGGCCACGACCACAGAUUCUCGACAUUGCGGACGGAAUUGGAAAAUACGCGAACACAAGCGCCAACAGGAACUACGAAAUUCAUGGUAUCAGGUACCCAGGAAACGAUCGUCAUUCAACAAUGCCCACAGACACAGAGGAGCGAUCAACAAGCCCAGACCCAAGAAUCACGUCUCAAAUAGAGAAUGAAAACAUUCCUCAGCCCAGUAUACCAAAGAGUUCAUCGGUGAUCACUAUGCUGACCGGUUUCGGUGUGAUAUUUUUAUUGAUCAACUUCACCGCGUUCCUCUAUCUCUACUGCAAGAAGCAGGAUGCUAAGACGAAAGGAGCUGGCCUGAAGAGACGGGUCAGCCAGAAGGAGGAUCCGAAACGAGCGAAAUCGGACAAAUACGAGAACCACUAUGGCGAGUUGGGUUACAAGAGCGACAGCAAGCCGGACCUGAACGAUGUGAUAAAGAACGACAAAGCGUACGACAACAACUCGAACUUUGGCAGACGUUCUAAACUGUCCAGACAGAAUUCUGGCUCGACGAUAGACACUCACAUCAAGGUUAGGGAGUGGAUACAGCAGGAGAUCGUUCACAGGUGUUCGCCCAGGUUUUUGAGGAAGACUCGAGAAACCCUGCAGAAGGAGCAUCAGGACAAGUUGACGAAGCAACAAGAGGAGGAGAAGAAGAGGAUAGAGGAAGAAUUGUUGAAGGAGAGAAAGGAGGAGCCGAUUUACGACGAGAAUCCCGCACUGAUCGUGCGUCCUGGCAAAAAGUCAAAGUUGCCGAAGGUGUCUGUGGCCAUCGACGCCACACCCGCGACCAGAACCGAAUCGAUUCUAAAUCAAGUGCCUAUCGAGUUGGCAAAAGGUGUCGAAUCGUCCAACGAGACAUUUGACAAGAGUAUCGACUAUCCUUUGGUCGAUCAGCUGCAGAUCGCUCCUCAGGUGGUCGUUAUAGAGCACCAUCACUCGAGAAGCGACCCGUUGCCCAUGGAGAACGUGUUGAAGAGCGUGAAACCGAACUUCUCUACUCCCAGGAUAUACGAGUCCGAUUCCGGAAGCGCUAGCAGCCUGUACGCAAAGAUUAACCCAAAACUGAAGUCUCGAUUGCCUCGACCAGAGCUCGGAAUCAAUCCCGAAGAAUCUGUCGUUAAUCAAACCGAGGAUAUCUAUAUGAACAUGGGACCAAAACUGACCACGUUCGGCGUGAACAAUCCUCCUCCCGUUUGCGACAUAAACGUAACCUGCAGAGAACCCAUCGUUCAGAGGGAUUGCGUCAGUCCCGAGGAGGCUCUGAGGACUAUCAAACGCAGGAACUAUCCAAAGGUUCUUCCGGAUAUCGAGAAAAGACGGUCGCUACCAGCACCCAAUAGCUUGUUCGUACCCAAACAACAUGCCAAUUCGUUGAAGGACUACAGAAGCGGGCUGCAUUCGUCCCCAUCGUCCCAUCAACCACCCCAGCCACCCCCGAGGAUGUUCGGUCCAUCGAAGAGCUUGGACUUCGCGGAGGAGAACGAGAAUCAAUACGAAACUGAACCAAUUACCACUAACCUUCACGUCGGACCUCUGGUCAAGAAACAGGAUUAUUCCGGGAAGAACAACUCCGAUCCGAGUAUCAUCGAUUCUCUGGACGAAAGGAUCGAUAGAGGGGCUAGGGCGCAGGCCGGUGGCAGCGUGGACACGAUCUACUCGAACCCCAUGUGUCCUGUCCACGGGAUGGGUCAACCGAUUUCCCAGAGCGUGGACAAGAACUUGGGAAAGCCUGCUCCUCUACUCGAGUCCGGAAUCGGUAAUCCCAACUGGUACAAGUCGUCUCCGGGUGGAAACGAGACUUCUAUAUCGACAGCGUCGUCCGAGCCACGGAUCAUUGGUAGAGAAGUGGAUAGGCAGCUUCAGUUCGGUGGCUCUAACUGGGAUACCAGGGUCCCUGCGAUGGAACCAAGGAUCGUAAUCACGCCUAGAGUAGGCAAUCUCUUAGGACAAGCGAAUCAGAACUUGAGUCAGAACGUGGUGAACCUGGCGAAUGCACCUUCCAACGACAGAGUGGAUCAGGAAUCCAAGAUUAGUGCCUUACCUGACUUAACUACGAAUACAGGCAACAAGUCUAACACCAAUUCAAUGGAGCAAUUACAGUCGGACUUGCCACUCGCCUCUCUAGACGUCAGGGUACCUAACAUGAAUGCAGAAAGGAAAGAACCACGAAUAAUAAUCACGCCGAGGGACACCAAAGGACCAUCGUCGAAUCUGAAGCAACCCAAGAUCAUCAUCAAACCAACAUCCAGUCUGCAAAGGAGCAGAGAUCACAGGAACAUACCUAAAGUGUCGGCCAUUCCUCCGCCAGAAGUUCAGAGCUGUCAAAGCAUCGACAGAGACAAGUUGGCCGAGCAAAGAGAGAAGCCUCCGUUGAAAGAGAAGCCGAAGAUUACGAGGAUCCCCUCGUUCUCCAGGCGCAAAGAUGAGCUCUCGAGCGGAAUCGAGGGGCCAUCCGCAGCUACCUACCCGGAGAAGGCUGAAAUCGUGCAGAGGGUGGAAGCGGUGACCAGUAAAGUGGCGAAUGUAACUGGCGACGGAAAGUCGAGCAUUCCGACGUUGCUGAGAAAAGAGGCCGAGAAGUCUUCUAGCACUGACUCGUCCAACAACGGCAACUCCAACACCGGGACGAUCAAGAAGAAACCGGUGAACAAGAAUUGACCCAAACAACUUAACUUUGCUCCUUAAUUUGUCUGUACCUUGAAAUUCCAAGGACUAUUAGACAUGAUGCCAGCUGAUUGGGCUUUCAAUGAACAGUAUGUGCCUUCACAUCGUGUAAAUAUAAUUUUUGAUAAUUCUAUUUGUAGCAAUUAAGAUAGCUCAUUUCCAAUUUCAAUGGAAAUGCUAAUUUUGAUAUUUCAUUUUCACCGAGCCUCUGUAUAUUAAGGAAGCUAUUUGUAUACUUUUCAUUCAUCAAUUAUUAUAUUA